AAACGAGGCAGAUGAUUGGUGUUGAAUUUUAGUUUGAUUUUAUUUAACUUGAUCUGCCGUUAUUUUUUAAUUCAUGAUUAUCAAGCAUGAUGAUCGAUUCUUCUCUAGAAAACUCUAACUACUUGGUCUUCACUUGUUCUGAGGUGAUAAUCAAGAGCUUUAAGGAGUCUUUACUCACUGGCGUCUCGAAGAUAUGUUACGAAGAAGGAAGAUAUAAUAAAUUGGUUCGCCUCUUUCUUCUUCUACUUUGUGUGGCGGGGUUUUGUUUUAAUUCGUGGCAGUUUCUUCUACUUUACUUCUCGUAUCCCACAUACACAGUGACUACAAUCGUAAAUGAAGGGGAUUUUCCGUUACCUGCUUUCACAUUCUGCAACAGAAGUCCCUGCAGUCGACGGGUUUAUUGUACGAAAUAUCGUGCAGAAUGUUACCACCCAGAAGACAUGCAGGAAUUUUGCUCGUUGUUCCCUCACUAUUGUAUCUACAACACAGAUGAUUUUUUGAUUCCCGAAAAUCCAAUCGUCGAUUUGGAGAAUCGUUCCCUUUUGAACAUCCCUCCAUUCUUUACUCAUUCGGAAACAAAAAACUUCGACGUAUCUUAUUUCACCUAUAAAAGAGGCUUCGAACAUUUGGGUUGCACAUCAACAAGCAAUUAUGGCACAGAAAGACCUGUAACGUCUUCAAAUGUAAAAAACGUCCAUUCAAAUCAAACUAUAAAUAUCAGAAGGAAUUAUCUAGGGACAUUUUCAUUGUACUCAGAUAUCACGGACACUCUUUCCAUAGAUUACGCACCUGUUGUGCUGUUAGGCAUUUAUAGUGCUACGGAGGUGAGAUUUUCGGAAUUUGAAAUAAAGUUGCGGAGUUCAUACGAUGUUCAAAUAAGGCUGGUAAGUUUCAAAUUAGAUUCGGUUUCAAAAUUUGUAUUAAAACUCAACACAUCUUUAAUCUAA